AUGAAGUUUUCCACUGCCGCUGUUAGCAGUAUGCUUCUUGCUACUGCCGCUUUUGCUGCACCUCUGACUUCCAAACGUCAAGCACGCAACGAAGCUCGCCGCAUUGCUCGUGCAGAGACCCAUUAUCAACUUCACGAACACCUCGAGGAGGAGUACAGCUCCAACUGGGCCGGUGCCGUCCUCAUUGGGUCGGGCUACACUGCCGUUACGGGCACCUUCACUGUCCCAACCCCGAAGUCAGCUAGUGGCAAUGGCGGAGGAUCUGGUGGAGGUUUCGGCGGGGGAUUCGGCGGAGGAUUCGCGGAUUCCUCUUCCUCCUACUCCGCCGCCUCUGCCUGGGUUGGCAUCGAUGGCGACACUUGGAGCGAGGCAAUCCUGCAGACCGGUGUCGAUUUUAUCGUUGAGGAUGGCCAGGUGAGCUACGAUGCUUGGUACGAGUGGUACCCCGACUAUGCCUACGAUUUCAGCGACAUUGACAUCUCCGCUGGAGAUGAGAUCAAGGUGACCGUGGAAGCGAGUUCUUUGGCUUCGGGCACUGCGACAAUUGAGAAUAUUUCUACUGGCCAGACUGUGUCCCACACCUUCUCGAGGGAUGUUGAGGGCGACCUUGGUGAGCUUAACGCUGAGUGGAUCGUCGAGGACUUUGAAGAGGGCGACUCCCUUGUUUCCUUUGCCGACUUUGGCUCUGUCACUUUCAGCAAUGCCGAGGCGACUGAUAACGGUAGCACUGUUGGACCAUCUGGUGCCACUAUUAUGGACAUUGAGCAGGAUGGAGAGGUUCUUACUUCUACCUCUUCUACCUCGGACAGUGUCACCGUCACAUAUGUCUAA